AGGAAAACGAAACCUAUGGUCUCGUCUGUCUCUCCGGCCGGGUGUUUCUCCAGCAUCAUUCCCGAGACGCAUCUCGAGCUGAGCGCGCGGCGGCUCCUCCACCAGACUCUCCCCACGAAGUGUCGCUUCGCCUCCACCAUGAGCACGCUGAACCAGCAGUACGAGGAGAAAGUGCGUCCCUGCAUCGACCUGAUCGACUCGCUGCGCUCCCUGGGAGUGGAGAAGGACCUGGCGCUGCCCGCCAUCGCCGUGAUCGGAGACCAGAGCUCGGGGAAGAGCUCCGUGCUGGAGGCGCUGUCCGGGGUGGCUCUGCCCAGAGGGAACGGUAUUGUCACAAGAUGUCCUCUGGAGCUGAAGAUGAAGAGGAAGAGAAAAGGCGAUGGGUGGUAUGGAAAGAUUAGCUACCAGGAUUGUGAGGAAGAACUGGAAGGACCGGCAGAUGUGGAGAAGAAGAUCCGAGAAGCUCAGGAUGAGAUGGCCGGCGUCGGGGUGGGGAUCUGUGACGACCUUAUCAGUCUGGAGAUCGCCUCCCCUGAUGUUCCUGACCUGACCCUCAUCGACCUGCCCGGCAUCGCCAGGGUGGCUGUGAAGGGACAGCCGGAGGACAUCGGCGAUCAGAUAAAGAGGCUGAUCCAGAAGUUCAUCACAAAACAAGAGACCAUCAGCUUGGUGGUUGUUCCCUGUAACGUGGACAUUGCGACCACCGAGGCUCUGAAGAUGGCUCAGCAGGUGGAUCCCGACGGAGAGAGGACUCUCGGGAUCCUGACCAAACCUGACCUGGUGGACAAAGGCACAGAGGAGGUGGUGGUGGACAUCGUCCACAACGAGGUCAUCCACCUCUCCAAGGGCUACAUGAUCGUCAAGUGCAGAGGUCAGAAGGAGAUCGCCGAUAAGGUGUCUCUUCCUGAGGCCAUAGAAAGGGAGAAGGCCUUUUUUGAACAACAUGUACAUUUCUACACCCUGUUCGACAGCGGCCAUGCCACUGUUCCCAAACUGGCCGAGAAACUCACGCUUGAGCUGGUGCAUCACAUUGAGAAAUCCCUUCCCAGACUUGAGGAGCAGAUUGAGGAGAAACUGGCACAAACUCAGGCGGAGCUGGACCGAUGCGGAAACGGCCCGCCAACUGAUGCUGCAGAGAGACUGGUUUUCCUCAUUGAUAAAGUCUCAGCCUUCACCCACGACGCCAUCAGUAUGACGGCAGGAGAAGAGCUCAAGUGUGGAGAGAGCUUCAACAUAUUUUCCACACUGAGAAGAGAGUUUGGGAACUGGAAGGCCCACCUGGAUCACUCAGCAAUAAAUUUUAACAAGAAAAUUGAAAAAGAAGUGGAUAAAUAUGAAGAGAAGUACCGCGGCAGGGAACUGCCGGGCUUCAUCAACUACAAGACCUUCGAGUCCAUGGUGAAGGAGCAGAUCAAACAGCUGGAAGAGCCAGCUGUCCGGAAACUCAAGGACACUGGAGAUGCUAUUAAGAAGGCGUUUGUGCACAUGGCGCAAAGUAGUUUUGCUGGAUUUCCAAACCUUGUGAAAACAGCCAAGGUCAAGAUCGAAGCCAUCAAGCAGGAAAAAGAGGCCAGCGCUGAGGCCAUGCUGAGAACUCAGUUCAAAAUGGAGCUGCUGGUUUACUCCCAGGAUCAGACCUACAGCAGCAGUUUGAACGAGAACAAGCGAGACGAGGUGAAGUCCGACUCUGAGGACGACGAGCCAAAAUGCUCUUUCCCCGACAUGGCUGUGUACCAACCAAAAAACCACGCAACUUUUCAGGAGCUGAUGCUGCAUCUCAAAUCAUAUUACCAAAUUGCCAGCCUCCGUCUGGCUGAUCAGGUCCCGCUGGUGAUCCGCUACCAGAUGCUGCAGGAGUCGGCGCUGCAGCUGCAGAGGGAGAUGCUGCAGAUGCUUCAGGACAAAGAGAACGUGGAGGUCCUGCUGAAGGAGGACUUUGACAUCGGGAUCAAGCGGGACUCUCUGCAGAGUCGCCUCAAGCGCCUGAUGAAGGCCCGUUCAUACCUGGUGGAGUUUUAAAUGCCACGGCUCUGCAAUUCGAACAUGUUGAGGGACCUUUCCAAUGUACUGUAAUCCAUACUCAUAUUACAUUUAUGAUAGAUUUCCCUCAUGUAGGAUUAUUAAAAUCUGAUCUUAUUUCACAUCCUUGUAUAAUGAUAAACAGUCCAUCUCAAAAGCUCAACUUUAAUUUCAAAUUGUUUAAAAUCCCAGAAAAUUAACAUUCCUACAUUAUUAUUAUUAUUAGUUUACUUUUGGUCUUGGUGAAGGAUUACAUUUUUUUUUUACUUGUAAGUAUUUACAAAUUUCAAUCCUUUUGUGCAUGACAAUCAUAACCUCAAUGUUACAAACAGGCUUCAGGAUCAGCAGCUUAGCAUCUUCGAAAACAAAAAGUCUAAAACUGAAACUAUAGUUUUACAUUAGCUUAUCCAUUGGGUCACAUCUGAUCAGACAGGAGUAAGAAAUACAGUGGUUGUCAAGUGUGUUCCUCGUUUCCACUUUGUUCGUAUGAGGUUGUAUCGGCAGUAUAGAGAACAAAAAAACCCGAAUAUUUCAGUUCAUCAAAGCUUCUCCAGCUCCUCUGGGGAGACCACAAGCACACUCCAAGUAUAAUCUCUACUAAAGUAAGAUUAGGAAUAUUAUUGUUUUUGACAAAGGGAAAAAACAUGUCUAGUAUAAAUGGAAUUUUUGCAUUUUUGCACUGUUUCUUCAUUAAAAAAUUUAUCAGUUCUGA